CCUGCUGUGUUUGAUUACAUGCUCAACUGAGGGGGGUGUUUCAACUUAUGGACUUUUUACAAUCAGCAGCCCUGUGAAGAACUUUGCUGUGAAAUAUUUGGUGUCUGUGAGGAUGGAUUUAUCCCCUGGAACAAAACUUAACAAGCAGUUUAAAUUUGGUUACAAAAGUUUUUCUGAUCCUUCUGAAUUGGCUGAUCGCUCAAGGGACUUCACCUGUGCCUUUAACAAAAGCUGUGACCUCAACCACAACCCAAAAGACGUCCCCCUGAAACAGCUGGUAGCUGGAAGCCCAAACGUGUCUGACCGAAGCCUGUCCAGCUCCGAAGAGACAGACAAGGACCGCUCCGAUCAGGUCACACUCAUAAAUCUCCAUGCUCUAGCUGUCACCUUCGCCUUAGGGGUGACCAUUGCUUUGAUCCUGCAAAUAUACCUGGGAGAAAGAUGGGAGAAUGUGAAAGGUGCUGUAGUGUCGGAUCAUCAGCUCUGCUCUGCACUCGGCCACAGAGUCCUCCAUGAUGGUGGAUCCAGUGUAGAUGCUGCCAUCACUGCCGCCCUGUGUCUGGGUGUUGUGCAUCCACAUGUGUCAGGUGUUGGUGGAGGUGGUGUGAUGCUGGUUCAUGACAUUAGGAAGAAUAAAACCGGGGUGAUUGAUUUCCAGGGAUCUGCACCUAAAACACUAAAUGAAGAGAUGCUGCAAAAUGUUUCAGAACUAAAGGCCGGUCUGAAAGUGGGAGUGCCAGCAAUGCUCAGGGGGUUACACCACGCUCACAGCUUGUACGGGAGUCUGACAUGGGAGGAUGUGGUCGCCAGAGCCGCCGCUGUGGCCCAAGAAGGUUUCAAUGUGUCUUUCAGUCUUGCUGAGGCUAUAUCAAAGGUUAAAGGUGAGCGGCUGUCACAGCGAUUCAGGGCAUUGUUCUUCCCCGAUGGCCAAGCUCUGCGUCCUGGUUCAUUUCUGAAGAUGUCCAGUCUGUCUGGAGUACUAGAGGCUGGUGUGUCUAACUUCUAUGAUGGAAACGUCUCAAAAGAGUUAGAGGAUGAGGUUAGAGCUUAUGGAGGGCUCCUGAGCAGAAAGGACCUCAGUGACUACAGUGUACAAGAGGAGCAGCCACUGGAAGGACCGUACAAUGACUUCAUAAUUCAAGUUCCUCCUGAAUCCUACGGUGCAGCGUUGAUAUCAGCGCUCAACAUUUUGGAGGGCCUCCACCUCACCGACAACAACAACACUGAAAAUCAAACACACCACUGGGUUGCUGAGGCUCUGAAAGAAGCUUUGGCCAGUGGUUUGGGUGACUCUAAAUAUAACUCUUCAGAGACUGAGCUGCUCUCUGACAUGCUGAGUAUGAAUCAAGCAGAGGCGCUUCGCCGGAGGAUCAAUUCCUCCCAUGCCUCUCCACCCGACUCCCUCCACUCCCUGCAGACAGAGCUGAUGGCUGGACAAGUAGUAGUCAUGGGACCUGACGACCUAAUGGUGACGGUCACAAGUUGUUUGAACACGCCAUUUGGGAGCAGGAUCGUCACACCGUCAGGCAUUAUUCUCAACAGCCUGAUGCUCAACUUCUCCUUGCCAAAUAAAACAAGAGGGCCACUCUCAAACAACCAGACAAACAAAGUCCAGCCAGAAAAGAGGACCCGAUCCUCUCUCAUGCCGGUGAUCGUGAUGCCUGCGGGGCAUAAAUGUGGCGUCUAUAUGGCACUAAGCAGUUCAAAUGGACCACACAGUUUGAGUUUGAUCACCCAGGUGUUGAUCAGUGCACUGUCCUCACAUACAGAGAGAAAUGGCAGCCUCUCCCUAUCAGACAAGCUGGUAGUUGACUCUGACGUUCCUGACGGGGGUGUGCAGUUUUUUGAUGAAGAGGGUUAUGCACUUCAGAGAGUGAAGACAAACUCGGUACAGGGGAUCCUGAGGAAAAGGGAUAUAAUUACACCCAUAAAUGUACCUCAAUUAUCUGAAGGAUUCUUAUAGUUUUGUUUUUUUUGUGAACUUCAUUCUUCAAUAAAUGUCUUUCAAGAGCAAAAUAAAUGAAAGUAUCUUGAAAAUGUGAGCCCUAUAUAAAGUUGA